AUGAAUUUUAAAACAGCUUUCGUAUUGUGGGCCUUUGCCAUUGUCAACAUUGAAGCACUGGUAUUGUAUUUGAAAUUUUUACGUACCGAUAAUUAUCUGGAUUUAAAUCGUCGACAAUAUGCCGAUCACAUUUUGGAAUGUGAAAAAACGGUGGAUGUGUUUCGGAAACAUUUUACAGAGCGCCUGAAUUCUAUACAACUGGUGUUGGAUAUGUUGGUGACGGAUAUUAUCAAAACCAACGAACACUUAAAUCCGCUUGAGGUUUUGAGUGAUAUCAGUAAAGAUUGUGUGGCAAAAUAUCGUUCAAAAAUACCAACAGUUGCGGUAACAAAAACCUCAAUGCAGGCGUGUAUAACGGCAGCUCAAAAUCAAUUGAAUAACAUCGUGAACGCAGCGGUGACAACAAAAGUAAAUCUCUAUAAUUACUAUCAAAAUAAUAUGGAACGAGAUUUGAAGGCAUGCACCACAAAACAUCCGGCACAGGAUAAUCAUUUUACAGAGUGUAUUGCAAAAGUGAUUUCUGCAGCUACGGCUCAUACGCGAACCAUGAUUAAACAAUUCCACAAUCAAAUGGACGCUGCCCAUUGUUCAUCGAAUGCUCAAAUUAAAACCGCAUUAGAUUGUAGCUUUAGUGUUCAAAAUCGUACGAUAACCAUGAAUGCUGAAGCAAAUCUAAUGAUAGACAGAUGUAUACAUGGACUGGACGAUUGUGAACGUUGUAGCGAAGGACGAUUCUGUGAAAAUGUUUACUAUCUACCACAAUAUCAAGUGGACUUCAGUAAUUCAACAAUGUUAAAUCCAUUCUAUGGUCGUAAUACGACAACAAAUUGUUUGCUAAUUGAAGUUUAUUAG